UACCGUCUAGCGCCAUUUUGGUUUGCAACGAAGAAUACAGAGAAUAAUUAUGUAGACAAUAUACACAUUUUGUUGGCAGAUGUAUUUACUGGAAUGCACAGUAUGAUAUUCAUUAUCUCUGACACCUACAGGUACGUAUGUAUUGAUACGCAGACGGCCUAUAUCUUGUUUCUGACGCCAUAUGAUUGUACUGGGUCUCCAGUUUCGACGGAAAACGUAACGUCGAUUGUAGACUGAUUUUAACGAUGUCAAAUUGUAAUUGGAUCCUUGUACAAGUUUGAUUAAUCUGAAGACUCAUUAUGUACAGGAUGCAUAUUGUGGAUUUUGUGGGUCUGGACCACUGCUACUCCAAACCCUGGAGUGCCCACCCAGACGCUAGCAAUGCCCGCCCUGUGAAACUACUCUUUAUGACCAAGCCAUCAAAACCCCAAACCACUCAAGAUCAGAUUCUAGCUGUCCGUGAUAUUGAAGUAGAUGUGGUUGGAGAUGAAGUUAUCCCUCCCCCUCCGUAUGAGAUGGCUAAGGCUCGCAGUCUGAUGCAUGAGUGUGACCGCAGUGUUAACUUUGCUCGGGCAGAUAACUGUGCUGAUGAUGCUGAGGACCAUGUUAGCAAUGUUGUUACUUGUAGGGUGGGUUGGACUCUACAGCAGAACCGAUUAUACAACAAAGUAAUGAAGGCAUUACAAGGCGAUCGACUCUCACGACUAGCUUACACUGGGCACCAUAAUGAACCUGUGAUGAGGAGAAUCCACAUAGACAAGACUGCCCGCCGAAUCCGACAGGCACUAGCUGGGGUGUCUUGGGACCCACGCCUCACCCAGUGGUUACACAGUGUACUGUUGGACAGCCUCAGUGUGCCGGUACUCAGUGCCUACCUCGAUGUCCUACAGACACUGAAGUCAAAGGUCCCCUCCCUCAUUGAGAAAAUGAUUGCCAUGACUGCAUCAGGAGGCAAAACACCCUCUGCGUCAGUUGAUGCCCUCAACUUACUCCUAAAGCGACCCUGGGAUCCUGUUUACAGUGUCUACUCUCAACAGAAGCUGCGUAAACUGCCUGGUAACCCUCUGAUACUGAUUGCUCCCUCGGGCCCUACCCACAACAGUGCUUACUCCAAGCGAACACGCUUCUGGAACUCCCAACUGUCGCACCUAGGGAAGGUCAUUCCGGUAACCAUGCACACCGUCAGUGGUGGUAGUGGUGUAGGCAUUGCCCAGUGUUUGGAGCACAUGAUCGGAGCUGUCCGCACCAAAGUUUUGGAGCUGAAAGGACAUUUCCAGCACCGCCCCAUUGUCUUACUGGGAUGGAAUAUCGGUGCAUUAAUAGCAUGCCAUGUGGCGUUGCUGGAGGCAGUCAGUGCUGUUGUCUGUUUAGGCUUCCCACUCACUGGGACCAAUGGAAGUCGUGGGGACAUUGAAGAUGCACUGUUGGACAGUCGUACACCUAGCCUGUUUGUGAUUGGUCAACAUAGCAACAAUGCUGGCAUAGAUGACAUGGAGGAUCUCCGUGAACGCAUGAAGGCAGAGAAUGGACUGCUAGUCAUAGGAGGAGCUGACAGUAAUCUCCGUGUGAGAAGUUCUAAGAAAAAAGAAGAGGGCAUUACCCAAGUAAUGGUCGACCGACGAGUCCUGGAAGAAUUGUCUGACUUUCUGGGAGGAAUUUUGUGCAAGUCUGCCCAUCUCAAUAUGGAGUCCAAUGCAGAUGUGUCAGAUGCAGAACAGAAAAAGAAGAAGAAAAAGAAGUAUGAGAGAUCCAGUCCUGUGUCCCCAGUGAGCCCUAAAGGCCUUACAGUAGCCAAAGCCCUGAAAUCUGCUCGACAGGGCCUCACAUUCCUUAGCGGAACCUUCACAGCCCAGGGCUUUACAACCACUGCUGGCAUAAGUGCUGCUUCAGGACCUGUCAUUUUCUCGGGGACUAAACCAAAAAAUGCUCCAAAGAGGAAGUAUGUGCGGAGUGCCCCUGGUACUGUUCCAAAGAAGCGAAUGAAGACAGCUCUUGCAAGUCAGCCUCCAGCUGUCACUAGUCCAUCAACACUUCAAGCCAUGAAGAGUGCACCAGAGUUGUCAGGACUAUUGUGUAGACCUGGGCCAUUGUCCUUUAACAUUCGCGGAAGUGAGCUUACUCAACAGUCACGUUUACCAUCAACAGUAACAGCUCUGUCUAGUUCAGAUGGAACAAAAAAUCUAGCAUCUUCACAAAGUCCACAGCAGACAGCAGCAUCAGUGUCACCUAUCGCAAGCAAAAGCCUGGCUGAUCGCCUUGCUACCCUCAUCAGUCAGAACCAAGCUCUGGACAAGACUACAGCCAAAGUGGCUUCUAAGUCGUUAACCAAGCCAAGCCACAGUGUAUGUGGGCCUUCGUCUUCUGACCUUUCACAUUCUGUGAAGGAUGCGAGACAGGAAUUGACAGCCAGUGUGACACUGUCAUCUGCAAAUAGUGUAUCCACUCCAAAUUCUUCUUCUUCCUUGCAGAUGACCCUCACCACACUCAGCAAUGCUCUACGUGCAGGUGGUAUAAAGCCCCCUGUUCACAUAACAUCAGCAUCUGCUACAAAUUGUAAUCAGAUUCAACAGCUUCUUUCCUCUAUCGCAAGAUCAUCUUCCUCUUCAUCUCCACAGUCUCAUCCCGUAGUGGCUCAUUCAAAUCUGCCUACACUUCUUCAGACCCUGUCAUCUCCUACUGCAGCUAGUGUCCAGCAUGCCAAUAAGGUCACUGUUGCCAUCCCCACCUCAGUGGCUGCCAGUGUACCAGCUACUGUCAGUGUUCCAACGACUACUAUAGCCACACAAAUGCAUGCUUCAGCUGGCAGUCAGACAGAGUCGGAGAAAGUUCAGACCUUACAAAAACUCCAGUUUCAUGACUUUCCUCUCACCACAACUGGACUCACUGAUACAAGUUCCUCAGUUGUUAAAGCGAAAGUCCAUUCAGUAUCACGGCAAGAACUUAUUUGUAUGGUGAAACCCCAGACAAUUAGCACUUCUGGAAAGAGUGUAACAACACAUGUUCCUUCAAUUGUGACAUCACUUCCUGUUCAGCUCUCUUCUGUCACAGAAAGUAACACGUCUACUCCAAGUGGGACAGUUUCCAUGGUGACUGUAUCAUCAUCCUCUCCAGGAACAGCCACAACAUUGGAGAAAACUUUAAUGAGUGGUGGUUCCAUGACUGCUGUUGCUAAACCAGUACAGACGCAGAUACAGGAGAAGCAAAUCAAGGUAGUCAUGGCAACAGAGACAUUAGGGAAAGUUUCAUCCCUACUUGAAUCAAGUCCAGUGAUACAAGGAUCGACAUCAUCGCCAUUGGUAACAAGUACAUUUACCUCUCCGCCAGUGAGUAGUUCACAAGUCAGUGAGACAGACACUAAAUGUGUUGGUACACCAACAGCCACAGUGAUGACUGUGAGUGGCACACCAUUGUCCAGUGUAUCAGUUACUAACAAAUCAGUGACCGGUAAGAGUGCAGUAGCACCAGCCAUCACAACAUCUUAUGUCACUCCUACUAAAGUUCAUGUCGCCUCUACCAGGACAAGGCGAAUCAGGACCCCCAAACAGUACGAUGUGUAGAGAAAAUCAGGACCACAAACACUACUAUGUUUUAACAUGUAUAUCGAAUUCCAAACAGUACGAUGUACGUAUGUGUAAACAGAGAAAAUCAGGACCCCCAAAGAGAAGGAUGUGUAAACAUAGCAAAUCAAAAUAUAUUGAAAAAGUAAUUAGCAGUGAUCAAUAUUAAAUUUAUUUGCAUGAUUACUUUUCAACUGUACUGCUAAUUUUAAGUAUGGAGUCCUACAAUGUUAAAUUGAAGUAUUUUUUUUAAUUCUGCGGUCCCAUCAACAUUCUAUGAGUACAGAAGUUUGGCUGACAGUUAGAUUCAUCACUGAAUUAACACUCUAAAAGAGCGAAAAUAAACCUCUAGUGAUUUAAUACCCAUUUCAUUAUGUUGAUGCAGAACAUGGCUAUAAAGUUGACGGUUCUUUUCUGUGUGCUAAUAAGGUGUUGACAAAUGUGCUCUCAUCCAAAAUUAAACCCUGGAUGGUAUUCUAAUGUGUCAAAAUGGGGUCCCUAUAAAUUCCCCAUGGGUAGUUAGGGUGCUAAAAUGGAGCUUUACCAACAUGAAGGCAAUAUAAGAAAUGCUGAUCAAAUGCAGGAGUGGGGUAAUUGUUUUAUCGGUAAUUAUUCCAAUUUCAUUUCAACCUCAUCUCUACUAGAAUUCAUAGAAUCCAAAUAAGGUACAUGUUGGUACUAAAAAUAGUUCUCAUAAUUUGGGGGGAAAUAAUGUUUCUGUGUUCGGUCUACAUACUGUCUGCAUAUCAUACAGUAGUUUACAUUGGUUGAAGUAUGAAUGCAAAGUGUUUCAUAUAUAACACAAGUUGUAAGAAAUAUUUCCCAGAUGUUGAUCAUUCUAGAAUGUUGCAUUUAUGAUUUUUCACUGCCAGAGUGCUCAACUCGACUGUUUUGUAUUACUUUCUGUACAUUGGAAAAGAAAUUGUUAUGGAAUAAAUGAAAAAUUUGCUUUUAAAAUGAUCUUA